AUGCGCGGGGAAAACUGUUCCCAAAAGCCCGUUAGUCAAUUAGAUGAUCCCGGAAGUCCUCAGCGGUCCAUACCCAAGCCAUCAAGCAAGUAUUCAGCCAAGCCUACCAACACAACCGAGCUCCAGUCUCCUCGAUCUGGAUCCCCAGUUCGUAUACAACCACGGAGCACGUCAAAACCCCGAAAUGCUCCCCAUCAACUCGACCCUACUAGCCCUCCGCAAUUUGAUGAGCGGUAUCCCGACCUUCUGUUACAGCCGGAAUCCCGUCCGAUUUCACUAAAGAAACUAGCAUCUGAGGUCAAAUCUAUCUAUGCUAACCUUGUGAUGGUUGAAAAUGAGUGUAGAUACAUUGAUCAUGCCCAAGCAGCCGCUGUACAGGAUCCUAAUACAAAGCUACCUCCUGAUCACUGGCAGGCAUUGAUAGCUUUACACCGCACCCUCUUGCAUGAGCAUCAUGAUUUUUUCCUAGCCAGUCAACAUCCUUCCGCUUCUCCGGGGCUUCGUCGCAUAGCAGUCAAGUAUUUUAUGCCCGCGCGUAUGUGGAAGUAUGGCAUUCAUUCCUUUUUGGAAUUACUUCGACGGAGUCUUCCCGAUAGCAUGGAUUAUAUGCUGGCCUUCAUAUAUUUGGCCUAUCAGAUACUGGCAUUACUUUGCGAGACGGUUCCUGCAUUUGAAGAUACUUGGAUGGAAUGUUUGGGUGAUUUGGGGAGAUACCGUAUGGCUAUCGAGAAUGAGGACGUCCGUGACCGUGACACGUGGGCAGGCGUAGCACGAUCCUGGUACACGAAAGCAGCGGACAAAAACCCAAUCGUUGGACGUUUAUACCACCAUUUGGCGAUUCUGGCAAGACCCAACGCUCUCCAGCAGAUCUACUACUACUCCCGGUCUUUCACUUCCGCCGAGCCCUUUGAAGCUGCACGCGAGUCAAUCCGGACUCUUCUAGAUCCCGUCGUUGAUCACAACGCCGCUAGUCUCCCGCACGCUCUUCCCAUCGAUAUCAGCUUCAUGAAACCCCAUGCUUUACAAUUUUUGGGACGUUCGGUCAAGGACGAUAAGGCGUCGGAAGAAUUCUUAAAGGCUAAGACUGAGUUCGUGGACAGCUUGGAUAGCUAUAUCAGUCGAGUCAAGGCAGAGUGGAAGGAUCAAGGCGUAUGGGUCGCCGUCACGAACAUCGCGGGCUGGUUUGGAUAUGUUAUGGGCUCGAACAUUCUUCACCAGGCAUUCCUUAUCGAUUUAGAAAACAAGGAGCAGAAUACUUCGUCUACCACCGUGAAAGACGACAUUCGAGCAACAGAAAUCUCAAGUCAAAAGAAAAUACCGAAACCCAGCAUAGCAUUCGGAAGGGUCAUAGCAAGCAUGAGUUGUUUCAUGGAACAGCCAGUAUUGCAAAACGCCAAAGCUCUGACGCACGAAGUCUUUAUAGUCGCGCUCCAACGCUUAGGCGAUGAGAACGUGCUUUCGCACGUAAACGUCAUGCUUGCUUUCACUGCAUCAAUUGCUUUUAACGAAUACACUUCUGACCUAGUGAGCGAUAUGCCUUGGACUGCGAUCGCCACUUUCCUCAAUGCAUUGGUCAAGACCGAGAUUCAGGCGAGAUCUCAAUCGCAUACCCAAUUAGGGAACAUCGACACCAUUAUCACUUCCAGCGUCUUUCCUGAUGACGGUGAGAGAGUCAGCGAGUUGCCACUCCCGGAAGACUACCUCACACGAGGUCUGAUCUGGACUCAUGGCUACUUCCCCAAGAAAUGGUUCGAUAGAGAACAUGACGAGGAGAAACGAUAUAUUGAGGCCGCAAGAACAGCCAGAAACCGGACUAACAGGGUACUGAGGCUUGGGUACGCACUUGCAGAGUAUAACUAUUGGAUUUCGUAUGACAACGACACACACAAAUUCCGAGUCCUCGGCCCAGAUGACCACAGGGAAUAA